AUGAGCACUUCACGCCCCUUCCAGCCGCUGGUAACCCGCCAUCAGCGAUACGUGCACACGGGAUUUUACACACCUGCCGCCUUGCACAAUAACUUCAGAAGGAAAAACCCCACGCCCGGAACUCCUCCCGGCGGCACCGGCACGGCGAGGGACGCCGCCCCGGGCGCGCUGGGGCGGGGCAUCGGUCACGCCUGCGGGCACAACCUCAUCGCCGAGGUGGGAGCCGCCGCCGCCCUGGGGCUGAAGGCCGCCCUGGAGAGCCUGCCGCAGCCGGCGCCCGUCGCCGUCCAGGUCACGGUGCUGGGGACGCCUGCGGAGGAACAAGGAGGAGGCAAAAUAGACCUGAUCAACGCUGGAGCCUUUGAUGGCCUGGAUGUAGUUUUUAUGGCACACCCCUCGCAAGAAAACGCAGCUUACCUGCCCGAUGUGGCCGAGCACGAUGUGACUGUGAAAUACUAUGGAAAAGCUUCUCAUGCUGCUGCUUAUCCUUGGGAAGGAGUUAAUGCAUUAGAUGCUGCUGUUCUUGCAUACAACAAUCUGUCUGUUUUAAGACAGCAAAUGAAACCGACCUGGAGAGUUCAUGGUGUAAUAAAAAAUGGCGGUGUGAAACCUAACAUCAUUCCUUCUUACACUGAACUAGAGUUUUACUUGCGUGCCCCUUCAAUGAAAGAUCUUUCUGUUCUGACGGAGAAGGUUGAGAACUGCUUCAGAUCUGCAGCACUGGCCACAGGAUGCAAAGUGGAAAUAAAAGGUGGUGAAAAUGAUUACUACAAUGUGCUUCCAAAUAAGAGCCUGCAGAAAGUUUACAAGGAGAAUGGAAAGAAGCUUGGAAUAGAGUUUAUAUCAGAAGACUCUAUCUUGAAUGCCUUGUCAGGUUCCACGGACUUUGGAAAUGUUACAUUUGUAGUCCCUGGGCUUCAUCCUUAUUUUUAUAUUGGCUCUGAUGCAUUGAAUCAUACUGAGCAGUACACAGAAGCUGCAGGGUCACAGAAUGCUCAGUUCUAUGCUUUGCGCACAGCAAAAGCUUUGGCAAUGACAGCACUGGAUGUCAUUUUCAAGCCAAGUCUCCUAGAAGAAGUCAGGGAAGACUUUAGACAGGUGAAGCUAAAAGAAGAUGGACAAAUAAAUCCAGUAGAACCUAACAAAGAAUCUGGCGUUGGCAUAGGAGCAUGUGCAUCACACUAA